ACGACGGCGACGACACGACGAGCACUGUCAACUGUGCGUGAGUGGUCUGUGACGUCUGUCAUGUGUCGCCUCAGUUUCUCUGUAGUGGCCGGUUCGAGAAGAGCUGCCACGAGGGAAAACCAUUCACGUACACCAGCAUACGUCUUGCAAAUUAACAGCUGAUCGCUAAUUCGACUCGCUAUGUCGUACUGCACGCGAGUUCUCCGUGCACAGAGACUGUCCGCUUUAGCGACAGAUAUACAGCAGCGAUGCUUCAGCGUGAGUCCAUUGAGCUUUGCCGCUGCAAAGGUGGCGAUGUCCAAAUUCGAUUCAACCAGCUACCUACCCUAUGACAAACUGGAAGAAAAUCUUAAAAUAGUUAAGAAGAGAUUGAAUCGGCCGCUAACUCUAUCCGAGAAAGUUUUGUAUUCCCAUAUCGAUGAACCUAACAAGCAAGAUAUCGUUCGCGGCACCAGCUAUCUCCGAUUGCGACCGGAUCGUGUCGCCAUGCAGGACGCGACUGCUCAAAUGGCGAUGUUGCAGUUUAUCAGUUCUGGAUUACCGAAAGUCGCAGUACCCUCCACCAUCCACUGCGAUCACUUGAUCGAGGCUCAGAUCGGUGGUAACGAGGAUCUGAAACGCGCCAAGGACAUCAACAAGGAAGUCUAUAACUUCCUGAAGACCGCGGGAGCUAAAUACGGCGUUGGCUUCUGGAAUCCCGGCUCCGGCAUCAUCCACCAGAUAAUUCUCGAGAAUUACGCCUUCCCCGGUCUACUGAUGAUCGGUACGGAUUCGCACACACCAAACGGAGGCGGUCUUGGCUGUCUGUGUAUCGGUGUCGGCGGUGCCGACGCUGUCGACGUCAUGGCGAACAUCCCGUGGGAGCUCAAGUGCCCCAAGGUCAUUGGCGUGAAGCUUACAGGCGAGCUCAAGGGCUGGACAAGUCCCAAGGACAUCAUUUUGAAAGUGGCCGGUAUCCUCACCGUCAAGGGCGGUACCGGCGCCAUCGUCGAGUACUUCGGACCGGGCGUUGACAGUAUCAGUUGCACCGGGAUGGCAACCAUCUGCAACAUGGGUGCCGAAAUUGGCGCGACCACCUCAAUCUUCCCGUACAACUACAGAAUGCAAGAUUACCUGAAGGCGACCGGACGUUCGGAAGUUGCUGGAGCCGCUGAUCAGCACAAGAACAGUCUGCUGACGGCCGACUCUAACGCCAAAUACGAUCAGAUCAUCGAGUUAGACCUGUCGACUCUGGAGCCGCACGUAAACGGGCCUUUCACGCCGGAUUUAGCUCAUCCAAUCUCUAAACUGGGCGAAGCUGCUAAGAAGAACGGCUGGCCAAACGAAAUCAAAGUCGGUCUGAUCGGUUCCUGCACCAACAGCUCCUACGAGGACAUGGGUCGAUGUGCGAACAUCGCCAAGCAAGCUCUGAAGCAUGGUUUGAAGGCAAAAUCCGCGUUUAACGUCACUCCUGGAUCCGAGCAGAUUCGCGCCACAAUCGAGCGCGAUGGGAUUGCACAAACACUUCGUGAAUUUGGCGGUACAGUAUUAGCCAAUGCCUGCGGACCUUGUAUCGGUCAAUGGGAUCGCCAGGAUAUCAAGAAGGGUGACAAAAAUACGAUCGUCACAUCAUACAAUCGGAACUUCACAGGUAGAAAUGACGCCAAUCCAGCGACACACGCAUUCGUUACAAGUCCCGAGCUCGUCACCGCCCUCUCCAUCGCUGGUAAACUUGACUUUGAUCCGACAAAAGACAGAUUAAAGGGCAAGGAUGGAAAGGAAUUCCUCCUGGAGAAUCCGUACGGUGACGAAUUACCUAAUCGUGGUUUUGAUCCCGGUCUGGAUACUUACGACUCUCCGCCAGCAGAUGGUAGCAAAGUUAAGGUCGAUGUAGAUACCAACAGCCAAAGAUUACAACUGCUGAAACCCUUCGACAAAUGGGACGGCAAGGACCUGGAGGACUUAACUGUUUUGAUUAAAGUCAAGGGUAAGUGCACCACGGAUCAUAUCUCCGCGGCUGGUCCAUGGCUCAAGUAUCGUGGACAUCUCGACAAUAUUUCCAACAAUAUGUUCAUUGGUGCUGUUAAUUCUGAAAAUAGCGAGAUGAAUAAGAUCAGAAAUCAACUAACGAAUGAAUGGGGUGCCGUGCCCGACGUUGCACGCGAUUACAAAAAGAAAGGCGUAAAAUGGAUCGCAGUAGGCGACGAAAAUUACGGAGAAGGUUCCUCCAGGGAGCACGCUGCUCUGGAACCACGUCAUCUUGGUGGCCGCGCCAUCAUCGUUAAGAGUUUCGCUCGUAUACAUGAGACGAAUUUGAAGAAGCAAGGUCUCUUACCUUUGACCUUCUCCAAUCCUGCUGACUACGAUAAAAUUCAGCCUAACGAUAAGAUCAGUCUUCUCGGAUUGAAGGAUCUGGCGCCUGGCAAGCCGGUCAAAGCACAAAUCAAGCAUAAGGACGGCAAAGUGGACACCAUCAGUCUGAAUCACACAAUGAACGAGCAGCAAAUCGAUUGGUUCAAAGCUGGUUCCGCCUUAAAUCGCAUGAAAGAGAUAUCGGGUGGUCAUCGAUAAGCUGAUGACCGAGUGGAUAUCCAUUCAGAAGGGUUGUCAUAUAGCGCGUAACGCAUUUGCGAAAAAGAAAAACAUAGUGAAUGAGGGAAAAGCCGACCAGGGUAAUACACCACGUCAUCAUUGUCCUUUUGGAUAAGCGAAUGAUACGGAUAUGAUUUAUGGUUUAGCCAUCGUAGCCCAAACAACGCAAACAUCUAAAAUAUAUCAUAGAAAUACUCACACUAUAAAAAUAUGAAUUUAAUUGAUGUCCAUAUAAUUCUCAUCAUGUUAAUGUUUGUAUAAACACGAAUUUAACAUGACGUGAGAGGAUAUUGGAAUCGGUUGGUAAAACAGCAAUUCUCUGUUUGUACAAACAAUAUCAAUACGGUGGAAAUUAUAUAAAUAUCGAAAUGGUGUUAAAUCCACAUCAUAUUUUUUAGAGUGCAAAAGGCAUCUCCAAAGACAAAAUUCAGAUAUACCUACUUAGGUAUAUAUUUUAGAUGUGUGAUGUCGCUAGAUAAAUUAGUUAAUUGUUGCCUUUUGCCUCACUUCUUAUUCGACAAUACUAACCGCUUACACGACGCGGAAAGGAUGUACGUUCGCAAGUGGAAACUCUUAACGGAGAUAAAGCCUUGUUCUACGUCAAUGCGUAAUUACGGUCACGUGCGCCGAUGCGCGAAUCAUGUACAGCUACGAGAAGCGUUACUACGUGUAUAUACAUAUAAUCACCAACGAGGAAACGCCAUCGUCAUUUUCUAGUUGUUAACUGAUUUUAGAAGAAUGUACUGUUUCGAAAAAAGCCAAAUAAACUAUUAGCCAACGAGCGACGCAUCCUUAA